AUGGAUCCCCCCUCAAAGGACUUCACCGUCACCAUCAUCGGCGGAGGAAUAGGUGGCCUAGUCCUAGCAGCAGGGUUACUCCGACGAAAUGUGCCCGUCCGCAUAUACGAAGCUGCGAGCGGAUUCGCAGAGAUCGGCCUAGGACUCUCGAUUGGACCUGCAGCCCAUCGCGCCAUGCCGCUGAUAGAUCCGCAGAUCCGUGAAAUUUACGAUUCGCUGGUCACCACGCAUGCGGACAGUCCUGGAUAUGAGAGGUUUCGAGAGACUUGGUUUGAGGCGCUUCCUUCUGGUCAGACUACGUUGCGUCGGGCGAACUUCCUGGAUGCACUUGUUAGUUUGAUACCGGCUGAGAUUGUGCAGUUUGGGAAACGGUUGGAGAGUCUUGUUGAAGAGGGUGAUGGUGUUCGGCUGCGGUUUGAUGAUGGGACGGUUGCGAUGGCUGAUGUUGUUGUUGGUUGUGAUGGGAUUAAAUCGAAGGUGAAAGAGUCUAUGCUACCGGAGGAAUCGCAAUAUGCUCAGCCGAGGUAUAGUGGUAUGUAUGGUUAUCGCGCCGUGCUGGAUAUGGAGGAUAUGGUAAAAGCGGUUGGGGAUCAGCGUGCCAGGGUGUCAACGAUGUAUAUUGGAGAAGGGGCGUAUGGGAUUUCAUACCCUAUUAUGCGUGCCCAGAAGGUGAAUGUAGGGCUUUACGUUCUGAGUGAGAAGUGGGAUUGCGAUACCUGGGUUCGACCUGCAAAGCGUGAGGAGAUGAAACGUGAUGCCGAAGGCAUGGGCCGAUACGUGAAGUCACUCGUUGAGUUUAUGCCUGAUCCCUCGCAAUGGGCUAUCUUCGAACAUCCGCAUAUUUCAACCUUCGGCCGUUCGCGAAUAGCAAUUCUCGGUGACGCUGCACAUGCUUCCACUCCGCAUCAAGGUGCUGGGGCCGGUCAAGCCAUCGAGGACGCACAUGUUCUUUCUGAAUUACUGGGCGAUGCUCGAGUCCAAUCCACGGAGCAAGUUGUGGCCGCAUUCAAGGCGUAUGACGAGAUCAGACGGCCCCGUAGCCAACGAGUUGUAACGAGCAGUAAAGAAAAUGCCUACCUUCUUUGUCUGUGCUUACCUGGUGUACAGGAUGAUGAGCAGAAGCUAAAAACAGCAUUCCAAGAACGCUUGCGUUGGCUUUGGGAUUUGGAUGUGGAGGACCAGGUAGAACGAGCACGGAAAAAGAUGUUGGAAUAUCUUUCAGUUUGA